AGCCGGUGCUAAUGCUAAUCUGGUGCUAAUGGCCCCAGAAAGGUAAAGCAGCACUCCGAAGAUGGCUGGGGUGUUUGAAGUGGAGGUGGAUGGUGUGGAGCACGAUCAUGGACUGGAGCAACACGGCGAAGCGAGCCAGAUUGAUUUGUCCAAGCUUUCACCAGAAGAAAAGUGGAGGGUGGAACAUGCAAGAAUGCAUGCCAAACACAAAGGCCAUGAGGCCAUGCACGCAGAGAUGGUGCUCAUCCUCAUAGUCACCCUGGUCGUCGCCCAGCUAGUCCUUGUGCAGUGGAAACAGAGACAUCCAAAGUCAUACAAUCUGGUGACUCUGUUUCAGAUGUGGGUAGUUCCGCUCUACUUUACUACCAAACUUCACUGGUGGCGGUUCCUGACCACGUGGUUCAUUUUCUCCAUCAUCACAGCUUACAUCUCCUUCCGUGCCACUCGCAAGCCACUUGAUUGUACCACACCAAGGUUGGUGUAUAAGUGGUUCCUCCUCCUCUACAAAAUCAGCUAUGCCAUUGGGAUAGUUGGCUACAGUGUUGUCAUGUUUACACUUUUUGGUAUUAACCUAUUAUUCAGGAUAAAGCCAGAAGAUGCAAUGGACUUUGGUGUUUCUUUACUCUUCUACGGCCUGUACUACGGAGUCCUCGGAAGGGACUUUGCAGAAAUGUGUGCAGACUUCAUGGCUUCAACUGUUGGUUAUUACAGUGCAUCGGGCAUGCCAACCAAACACCUCUCUGACAAUAUCUGUGCAGUGUGUGGUCAGCCAAUUCUUGUGGACGUCAGCGAAGAGGGGAUUAUUGAGAACACGUACAGAUUAUCCUGCAACCAUGUGUUCCAUGAAUUUUGCAUAAGAGGAUGGUGCAUCGUUGGAAAGAAGCAAAUGUGCCCUUACUGCAAGGAGAAGGUGGACCUGAAGAGGAUGUUUAGUAACCCGUGGGAGAGGCCACAUGUCAUGUAUGGACAGCUGUUAGAUUGGCUGCGCUACUUGGUGGCUUGGCAGCCCGUUAUUAUUGGAUUUGUGCAAGGUAUCAACUACAUUCUGGGUCUCGAGUGACCUGCGACUGGCAGAAAUGGACAUGAGUGAAGAUAUGCACUGGCUCAAAAAUACUGACGGGCCUAACAUGGAACUAAAACACCAAUAAAAAAGUGUCUAUACAUUUUUGUAUAUAUUUAUAGGCACAUAUUAUCUGUAUUUUCGGUUUAUUUUAAUUUUUAUUAUUAGUAAUCUCAAUUUGGAUGUCUGUGUCGAUUUCCCCACAGCGUCACACCUUGAAAAGUGGUUGGUGCAUCUUACAGUCUCGUAACAAGGUUCUCAAAAUCAUUAGACAAGUUCUUAUUUUAAUAAUUUAUGUCUUAAGUAUGUUAAAGGAUCAUGCUAGAGUUUGUUUUUCUUCUUCUCAAUCUUAAAAUAGGUCUUCAGGGUUACCAUUACAUAAAUAAAUUGCAACGGUUCCAUUUUGGUGUAAAGUCAUCGCCGUUUGACCUGCACUAAUGAGCGGGUUUCCUAUGUGCUAAGAGUCACGCGUCAUCAUCCGCGUCAUGGAGUUAAAAAUGUCUUCACAGAUGACUCGCAGCAGCCUUUGUUUAACCCUAUUAUUGUUUGAUUUUUCAAUUACCUGCAGGUGAGUCCGACCUUGUUGGUGUGGUUUUGGUUUAUGUGAUUUGUCUGUCAGUUUUCUUCAGCACUACGUUCUACCAGAAAAGUGGUCUCUAUGAUACUGUGGCAGUGUGUAAUUAUUCAGAUUUUCAUGCACUAAUCAUGAGUAGAGUUGUUAGUUAGUUUGUUUUCCCUGUAAUUUGGUUGAUCUUAACCUGUUUUUAUAUUUUAUCAAUCCGUUAAUAACAAACCAAAGGCAAGUCGCGAGCCAGUAAGUGGAGGGAAAAUUAUGAAUUAUUCAAAAAUCUGUUAUGGAAAGAAAACAUACUAGAAUGAUCCUUUUACUUUGUGCGUGUGCUGAUGGUGCCAGUCUUAAUUUUACCGUGAUCUGAUCAUUUUGAGGUCCUGAAGCGACUGUAAAACACCGCCAACGUGAUCAUACUGUUUUACUGUUCAUGUUUUGAUCAAGAUCUGUUAAUAAAUGUCAUAUGGUUUA